AUGCGAUACUGUGAUGAUACAAAGCAGUUCUGGAAAACUGGAUGGCGACUUUUUGGAAGUAGAUUUGUCCACUUCAUGUCAGGAUUCAAAAAUAAGAACGAGAUCAUGCAAGGCAUUUCUCAAAAAAGCCAGCACAGCCCGGCCACGUCAAAUGUAAAUUUUGCAGUGCCAGACAUCAAAAUUCUGCGUUCUUUUGAUCCAUAUGAGAACGCAGACCGCAUCCAUCCUGGUAUCUUAAAUGACGCAAUCUCAAAGCUUGGGAAGAAGAUUGGACACGUAUCGGCAUGCCUUACAUUUGACGGCAAGAAGCUGAAACAAGGUUUAACCAAAGAAAGUGGAGAUGUUGACCUUCUUGGUUUUGAGGACGGGGAAACAUUAGAAGAAAGAAGAACUGUUCUUCAAACAACAAUGACCGAACUGAAUGUGUUGAGUGCCUCAAUCAGUAUGCAAUGCAAAAGGCGGACACAUAUUUCAGAUAUGCCAAAGGAGCUCAAAUCAAACAUGAAAAAUGUGCUAGUACACUCUCUAAAGAGAUUAUCUUCUGGUAUGAAUGAAAUGGAACAGUUGAAGAAGAAAAAGGAAUAUGCAAAAGAAAAACUGAUCGAGAGAGGUGGUGACUCAAAUUGGCGGAACGGCAAGUUCAGUUACGCAAUAAGUGCCAUACUUGGGUACAUGCAUGACAUCACUGCAUUCACCAAAAAGGCUGGUGAUGUAAUUAAAGACAUAUGCAUUAUAGUUAGCGCAUUUAAUGGGUCGACGUUCGUUGAUGACAUAUAUGUUGACAUUAAAUCAAUGGAUACAUAUAAGGCAAUCGAAGAAUUAUCUUCCGUAAGUACAUCGCCUAGUACUAGACUUGUGAAACAACGCUCUGAAGAGUGGUUUCAAAUUAGGUCUGCGGCAAAGGUGACCGGAAGCACCUUACACAAAUGUCUUGGUUUGGAUGGUUUAAAAUCUCAAAAGGAGUACUUAGAAAAAGUAAUAUGUGGCCUUCCAGAAAAUGAUUUCCCAGAGAACGUUAAACAAGCAAUGAAGCAUGGUGAAGAAAGUGAAAUUCACGCGGUGGCGACCCUUGUAGGCAAAAUAGCACCGGUAUUGUAUCCAGAAUAUGUAGUUUGUGAAGAAGGAUGUGUUGUGUUUCGGGAUGAACAUCUGAAACCAUAUUUUGUGGUUUCACCGGAUGGAAGUCUGCGAAAAGGACCAUCACAAACAGAUACCAAAGUUGCACUUGAAAUUAAAUGUCCAAUGCGCGAGGCUCACACAUAUUUUCCACAAAGGUAUUUACUGCAAUGUCUGUCAGAAAUGGAAGCAUUAGAUGUUGAUCGACUUCUGUAUGUAUCAUGGACUGAGACCAAAACAUCUGUAUUUCAGUUAAAACGAAAUACAAUGUUAUUUAGCAAAGCCAUGUCGUUGGCUAGAUCGUUAUUCAAUUCAGGAAAGCAAACACUUCCAAACAAACUACCAGAUGGCCUGAAGAUCUUGAAAGACGAAAUACAGAAGGAAAGCAAGAACGCAAAAUUCCUUGGCCUGUUUCAGUCAGCCAAAGAUGGAGAGUCCGAAAAUACGAACACAUUGCAAAUCACAAGAACAGUUGAUGAAGCAAUAACCCUGAUUAUGAAUAUCGCAGAUCUGCAUGAAUGUAUGUAUGAACUGAAAAGACAGAGGGCAUCCGAAUCUGUAGUGUUCAUAUGCGCAGACCUGAACCGAAGCUGGAAUAAAAGCAUCUGUCUUUCUGCUCCAGUUGCAUGGUUUACAAAAGGUUAUAGUUUGGACACCAAAACCAUGCGAAACAUAGCGGAAAAAGUUCACAACCAAUGUCAUGAUGCUGGUCUGCACAUUCCAUGCCAAUCGUUUGAUGGACAAUGGCACAAUUUAGUAGCAAGAAGUGCUGAUAAUAGGCCACUUACUAUUCUUCAACUACAAAAACACGUUUGGCAUGAGGUAGAGCAGAUGAAAAAGGCUCAAAUUAUCUCAAAAAUGAACAAAUGUCCUAAAUGGUUUUUCAAACGUUCACCAGGAUUGUGUGAAAUUCAUGUCUCAAACCACAUGAACAAUGUACCCCCAAUCAAACGGAAGACAAACCAGACAAUGACUGCGAAUGAAAAAAAGACAGUUCCGAUAGGAGAAGCUCAAGGCAUAGAUGAAGUAAAUGUGGUUAGCGGCGAGAAAGACGAAGACAAUGAAGAUGUAGAAACAAACCGAGGUGAACUUGAUGAACGCGAUGAUUUAGUGGUACAAAAUGAAAAUAACUGUACAAACACUGUAUAUGAAAUUUGUAAAUCGCCCUUUACUUUACACGACAACAAAAAGGAUCGGGCACAACCAAAAGCAUAUGUAAGCGAGAAAGAUGCAAAAUAUAUAUUAGCUUUGUUGAGAACUGAUAAAUCAAGCAAUAAGAAAGGAAAAUGGGACUCAUCUGAACCCGACGAUAUCAAGCAAAUACUUACGAGUUCUGAGAAACUUGUAUCGCUGCUUGAUGUCGAUCUACGAGUGAUCGUGAGAUAUUUUAAAAAGAUAAAACAGAUUGAAGUGAAAGAAACAGCCACAAAGCAGGCGAAGCUUGAUGUGCUUUCUCUUCGUUUAGGCCUGUCAAUACCGAGAAACGACAAGAAAUGUUUACCCAAAAAGCCGUCAACUAUUGCGUCACUAUCCAAAUUGUCAACAAAGGUACUUUCAAAAUGCGCAUCAAAAUAUGAACUUAACUGUGCCAUUGCAGAGUGUAUGUGGUCCGAUCGUUAUAUGAAAUGGAUUGCCGAAGGAAGGGUCUCCAAUAAUAUGCAAAUUGAUGGCGGUUGUGCUUGCAGGGAAUGGUUUUAUCAGCCUGAAUAUAGUUUGCGAAGAAAUCAAUUGGAGGUGAAAUGUAUUGAUGCGACAUAUUUACUUACAAGAACAAGACGUAAGUCGUGCAAAGGCGGAUUGGAUAACCUAAGCAACGCGGCAUGGCGAAAAGUCGCCAAGGAUGGAAAUACUCUUUUAACUCCGAUUAUGGUAGAUGAAGUGACAGAUCCAAUGUCGUCGUCAAUGGCAGCGACUCACUUUUCUGAAGCGGUUGAACUAGAAAUGCGCAAAACUGGUGAAAUUAAAUCAGCUGAUCUGUGUCGUGAUGUUCGAUUAUGGUGGGAAGCUGAAGACAGUUCAGGAAUGACAGCCAUAGAACGGUUUAACAUGAGAGAGGGACUGAGAACACGUCUUCUAUCACGAAUAAAUUUUUCAAGAUUCCCACCUCCAACCAUGUACGUAAACGGAUGGCCAAUUCAGCUCUGGGAGGCUUUAAUAGCGCAUAUCGAUUCAAAGACGAUACUGUACGCACUGUGUCACGGUGGAACCUACAAUGUGAGGGCAUUCAGUAGUCUUAUUGGUGAGACAUUUUUCUCCGAACUUGUGCUACAUGACAGGACUGGUUGCGGCACGGUGACAGCUGAUGAAUUCGGACGAUUCAUUGGAAAUGCCAUCGAACAACUCCAUGUUCGUCUAGAUCCCGACAGAAAGUUUGUGUACAGAACUGGACGAUCUCAUGUCUAUGGACUUACGGAGGUAGAAGAAGUGACUGGACACUACACCACUUGCGGAGACACUUGCCUAGCCUGCAACACAUUAAGCCCCUCAUCUGUAUCCUCAAUUAGCUUGAAGAAUCAUGCGUUUGAUGAACAGCGCAGGGGUGUUCACAAGCAAGGGACCGUUUCCAUGGACAGAAACGCUCUACAAAAGGGAACGCUCGGUGUGCGAUGGGAGCGCGCUAGGCGAAAUGAGUCAAAGAUGCUGAUCACAGAUCGUAUGGGAAUAGACACUUAA